AUAUAUGUUUACAGCUGAGGAAGUCACUGUGUGAUGAGCUGAAGCAAGUGAAAGAAGACCUGUAUAUAUCAGAAAAGACAAGACAGUCAUGGCGUGAUGAGCUGAAACAAGUACAGUGCUACCUGGCUAAAUCAGAAAAGGGACUCAACCCACUUGAACAGUUAGGGUCAAUGCCAGCAGAGAAACAUCGGAUUAUGGCGAAUCAUCUAUAAACUUGUUGGUUUUCACCUUCCCGGAUGGCAUUCAGAUGGAAAUCAUUAUUUUUUUGACGCACUAUGCGGCCUCGCGAAAACCGUUUAAAGGGGACAGGUUCAGAGGACGCUUGGGUAGCGACCAUGAGGGCCAGCUGCUAUGUAGAAUGUUAAAGGCGGCGUUCAGAAGAGGGCUGAUGUUUAUCUUGGGGAAGAGAGGAGAAGUUGACCUGGAUGGCGUCUCAUUGUAUAAUGGUUCAGUGAAUAAUUGCCGCUAUAGUUUAAGUCCGGAUUACUAUGACUACGUACGGACAUUGCAAGCGGAAUUGGCAGCCAAAGGCAUCACAAGGGCAGACAUAGAUCUGAUGGAAAAGCUGGAAGAGACUUUCGCUGUCGAUGGUCCGAUGUCACGCUGAGUUCUGUAAUGAUAUGAUGGCGAAGUUGACAGACAAGGGAAAACAGAGGCGCAUGUGAAACCUGACGGAAUCUUGAAACCAGUCGUUCUCGGUCGAUUGUCCGUAUACUGUCCAAGGUCAACUGUUGUGGAUAUUAUAUCUUCCAAAGAACUCGCGAUGAAAAUGAAAUUUGUGGGUUGUAUACACAAUAUAUUAUUAUCAUAUUGGUAUACUGAAUUAAGAUACAGUUAUUGUCUUAUGAUUUGUCCGUUUGUUUAAUACUUAAAUUGAUUUCAUUUUCUUAAUUUCGAUCAUGGGCCAUUUGCUCUUAAUUGAAUAUGUAUUUACAAGCGGAAGUAAUACCUACAAUAGUUAUAAAACAGACAAAAAUUUCAAAGCGGAUGUACUUAGAAAAGUAUAUUGAAUUAUACAGACACAGUUGUUAACAUUGUGAAAUAAAUUAUAAGUAUCUUCCAUGGCCGAGAGUGUACGAUAGGUUCAUUCCGACCCGAGCG